CCAUAUAUAAAUCAUAGUAACAUUUCAUGAUACUAGUGCUUCACCGAUUACCCAUCUCUCAUCAGUUUUCUAUUUGGAUCAAAAUUGUGUGUUAGUUAUUUCUGGUAGAUAAUGGCUCAGAUACUGCUCCAUGGCACUCUUCAUGUAACAAUUUAUGAAGUUGAUAAGCUUAAUGUCAGUAGUGGCCGUAAUAUUCUCAAGAAGAUUGUGGCUAACAUAGAGGAGACAGUUGGAUUUGGAAAAGGAACCCCCAAAAUUUAUGCAACUAUUGAUCUGGAAAAGGCCAGAGUCGGACGAACUAAAAAGAUCGAAGAUGAACCCCAAACCCCAAAAUGGAACGAGUCUUUCCACAUUUAUUGUGCCCACUCAGCUUCGAAUGUCAUAUUCACUGUCAAAGAUGAUAAUCCCAUUGGUGCAACUUUAAUCGGACGAGCUUAUGUCCCUGUUGAAGAACUCUUAGGCGGGGAUGAAGUCGACAGAUGGGUCGAAAUUUUAGACGAGGACAAAAAUCCCAUAAGUGCUGGUUCUAAAAUCCAUGUUAAGUUACAGUAUUUUGAUGUUACACAAGAUCGCAACUGGGCUCACGGACUUAAAAAUGCCAAAUACCCCGGAGUUCCAUACACGUUCUUUUCUCAAAGACGAGGAUGUCGAGUUUCCUUAUAUCAAGAUGCUCAUGUUCCUGACAAUUUCAUUCCCAAAAUACCCCUUGCUGGCGGCAAGUACUACGAGCCCAAAAGAUGUUGGGAGGAUAUUUUUGAUGCUAUAACUAAAGCGGAACACUUCAUUUAUAUUACGGGCUGGUCGGUUUACACUGAGAUAAGUUUGAUCAGAGAUACAAGAAGGCAAAAGCCUGGGGGUGAUGUCACACUCGGUGAACUGCUAAAAAAGAAAGCAAGUGACGGUGUUCGGGUUCUUAUGCUUGUUUGGGAUGACCGAACCUCUGUAGAUAUACUAAAAAAAGACGGAUUGAUGGCUACCCAUGAUGAAGAUACCGAAAACUAUUUUAAUAACACUGAUGUUCAUUGUGUGUUAUGCCCCCGCAACCCCGAUGAUGGUGGAAGCUUCAUUCAGGACCUUCAAAUUUCCACAAUGUUCACUCACCACCAGAAAAUUGUGGUGGUGGACUCUGAAAUGCCGAGUGGGGACUCACAGAACCGUCGAGUGGUGAGUUUUGUAGGUGGUAUUGAUCUUUGUGAUGGAAGAUACGAUUCCCAGUUCCACUCUCUUUUUCGAACACUUGAUACAGCUCACCAUGACGAUUUCCAUCAGCCGAACUACCCUGGGGCUUCUAUAACCAAAGGUGGACCACGAGAGCCAUGGCAUGAUAUCCACAGUCGACUGGAGGGACCUGUUGCUUGGGACGUUCUUUUUAACUUUGAACAAAGGUGGAAAAAGCAAGGUGGGAAAGACCUUCUUGUUAAUUUAAGAGAGCUUGAUGGCGUCCUUACCCCGCCAUCUCCAGUUAUGUUUCCUGAUGACCAAGAGACGUGGAAUGUUCAAGUUUUCCGCUCCAUUGAUGGUGGGGCUGCUUUUGGGUUCCCUGACACACCCGAAGAUGCUGCUAAAGCAGGUCUAGUAAGUGGAAAAGAUAACAUAAUUGACCGAAGCAUUCAAGAUGCUUAUAUUCAUGCUAUAAGGCGAGCCAAACGCUUUAUUUAUAUAGAGAACCAAUAUUUCUUAGGAAGCUCUUAUGCAUGGCAGUUUGAUGAUGUAAAGGGUGAAGAUGUUGGUGCUUUACAUCUCAUCCCAAAAGAACUUUCUUUAAAGAUUGUUAGCAAAAUCGAGGCUGGUGAGAAGUUCACUGUUUAUGUUGUGGUACCAAUGUGGCCCGAAGGGAUCCCAGAGAGUGCAUCUGUUCAGGCAAUAUUGGACUGGCAAAGGAGGACCAUGGAAAUGAUGUAUAAAGAUAUUGUACAGGCUCUUGAAGCUCAGGGCCUUCAGGAAAACCCGAGAGAUUACCUCACAUUUUUCUGCCUUGGUAACCGAGAGGUAAAGAGAAGCGGAGAGUAUGAACCUUCUGAAACACCUGAUCCGGAUUCAGACUAUUUGAAAGCUCAGGAGGCCCGGCGGUUCAUGAUCUACGUCCAUGCCAAAAUGAUGAUUGUCGAUGAUGAAUACAUAAUUGUGGGAUCUGCCAACAUUAACCAACGUUCCAUGGACGGUGCUAGAGAUUCCGAAAUAGCAAUGGGAGCCUACCAACCUUACCAUCUCUCUACCCGUGAACCUGCAAGGGGUGAAAUCCAUGGUUUCCGUAUGGCUCUAUGGUACGAACACCUCGGCAUGCUUGAUGACAGCUUCCAGCUCCCAGAAAGCACAGAAUGUGUGAAGAAAGUUAACCAAAUCGCCGACAAGUACUGGGAUCUUUAUGCUAGUGAGAAUCUUGAACAAGACCUCCCUGGUCACUUGCUUCGCUACCCUAUUGGUGUUGCUAGUGAAGGUAAUGUUACUGAACUGCCCGGAACUGAGUUUUUCCCUGAUACAAAAGCUCGAGUUCUUGGUGGCAAAGUUGAUUAUCUUCCUCCAAUUCUUACUUCUUAAGAAGUGGUUGAUUAAACUUCAAAAAAUGUUUUGUUUCUGUUUAACUAGUGUUUGUGGUUUGUGUGAUGUUUGAAUUAUUAUGUAGAGUUGGGACAACUUUUAUGCAGAGAUGUGCUUAUCAGGGCUUCUGUGUUCUGCCGGUUUGUGUUAUUUAUGUGUACCAUUAGUGGAUAUAAUAUAUGAGUGUAAAUCAUCUUCAUCUAUGAGUGUUGAUUUUGUUUU